UUUAUUGUUCUCAGUUUGGAGAUCUGUGGUUUUUAUGGAGUCCCUAAAUCAACACCUGGAAUGUCUCAAACUCUUUGGAGAUGAAACUGAAGAUCAGAUCCUUGAAAGUCUAAAUGGGAUUCUUCUGGCUCUUGCUGAAAACACCAUCCUCCAGAAGACUCGGUGUCCUGAUGACAAUUAGACAUGAGACAGCAGGGAUUCCUAUUGUGGGAGCAAAGAUCCUCCAGCUUACUCACAGACACUGGGAUUUUCCCAACUUUAGCUCAAAUUCUCAAAGGCAAUCCAAGCUGUGCAGUAAAGGCAGCCCAGGUGAUUGCAGAGAUAGCAAAGAAUGAGGAAAUGAAGAAGCCAUGUAUCGAUGCAGGUUUGGUUCUAGCUUUGGUACCUCUGCUGGAAAGCACGGACCAAGAGAUGUUGCUUCAUGCUGGGAGGGCCAUUGGCCGCAUCUGCUAUGAAAACAGUGACCUUCAGGAGCAGCUGGUGGAGGCAGGAGUGAUCACAUCACUGGUCAGGAUAUUAACUGACUACCCAGACAGUGAGCCACUUGUCCGUGUCAACCUGUUGGCCUUAUGCAACCUCGCAAACCUAGUGAUAGCUAAGGAGGUACUAAGCAAGACAAAGGUUGCUGAACAUCUAGUGAAGCAGCUGAGAAGGGCAGAGAAUCAUCAGAGGAUAGAAACCAUCAUUGAGGUUCUACAGAUGCUAGCGGAGAAUGAUGCUUUGAAAGUGCAAAUGGUAGAGGCGGGUGUGCAUGAGGCACUGUCAGAGAUCCUGCUGAGGCUCCAGGGAAGUUCACAGGCAGAAGAUAUGUGCAGUGUGAAGGCUGCAUCAAAUCUCAUUGUGUCUCUGCUCCUUGGAGAUGAAUCCAUGCAGAAGAUGUUUGCUAAUGGAUGUGGCAUUAUCUACCAGAAGGUUGGUACCUGGCUUGCAUCCAAUCACCCCCAGCUGCAGCUAACAGGAGCACUGGCUGUUGCUAACUUUGCCAGGAAUGAUGGCAACUGUGUACGGAUGGUGCAGCUGGGAGUGGUGCUUCAGCUUUUGGACCUUUUAGAGCAACACAUGGACAAUGGGGAUGUUUCUGUUCAACAUGCUGCACUGAGUGCCCUUCGAAACCUUGCUAUCCCAGGUACAGAGCUGGUAGACAAUCUCCUAUCCAUAAACAACUGGUGUCCAUGGAGGGACAGGUCAAUACCUAGUGUAGAUCCACUGAAGUCACAGAUUCUGGUGCAUUUUCAGAUUCUGACAGUUGCUAACAAGGUUCAGAUGCUGGAGGAAGGCGUAGCAGAGCGGAUCCAGAUGCUUUUGAGAUCAGAGAUGGCUCCUGUGCAGUUUAAACUUCUUGGAACACUGCGAAUGUUAAUAGAUGGUCAAGCUGACACUGCAGAGAUGCUGGGACAGGACCCCCUGCUUAUCAACAGACUUGUGCAAUGGUGUGAUGCCCAGGAACAUGCUGGCGUUUGUGGAGAAGCAAACCGAUUGCUGGCAUCGCUUUUGCGGCACAGCAGAUCCCAAGAAGUGGUCAAAGCCAUCCAGCAGGCACAAGGAAUGAAGCACCUGGUUUCCAUGACAACAAGCGAACAUGUUAUCAUGCAGAAUGAAGCUCUGAUUGCACUGGCCAUAGCAUCUGCAAUUAAUUUAGAAGUCAUCAAAGAUUCACUUAAGGAGUCGAGGCUAGUUCAAAGCUUACAUAAGCUUCUACAAGAUGAGUGCACAGGUCCUGAGGUGAAAUAUAAUUCAAUGGGCCUCCUGUGCAGCCUUCUUAAUUCAGGUGAUUUAAAACAAGAAGUAGAAGAGGACAACAUUAAAGAAACCUUGGAAAAACUUUGUAGCCAUAGUAAUGCAAAUGUGGUCAAGCAGGCUGUAAUGACUCUCCAGAUACUGAGAGAUGAGAGUCAAAACACCGGCUUUGUUUCGCCAUAGCUGUUGGUGCUGCUUUCUGUGGCAGCUGGGGUAUUUCAAGAAAAUGUUAUCUUUUGCCAACAGCCACCAUAUUUAUCAUGUUGAUGUCCACUAAAUGCUAUUAAACACAGUGCAGGCUACAGCUCUCGUUGACAUGUAGGGCCUCAUUUUCAAAACUGUACAUGGAACACUGUAUAUCCAUUUGUACAUCUAGUUUGCACCCACACCGUGUUACUUCAGCUUCAGGUACUCACAGGCAAUCCAAGGCCGUAACUACACUACAGCAGGGACACCCCCUAUGGCAGGGACGGGGCAAGGAGCUGCCUCCUCCCUCCAUAGAAACUGCAAUAAAGAUCCUUCUUCCCCUGCCCCCUCAUUCCUCUCAGGCCUAGCACUAGUGGCAAGAUAUGCCCUUUAGCCCUCUGGAGAGACAGGUGGAGCAGGAGGGGUCCUCCCCACCCCCAGUCUUACACCCUGGCUGCUGUGGUAAUUUGUUUGAGAAGUGGGCCAGGACCACCGCAAUUUUUGUUUCCCAACAUGCACAAAGUCCUCUGCUGAGGCAGUGUUGGCAGGAUGCCUCAGAGCUGAGAGUCUUGACAUGCACAGUGUGAGAUGGAUGGAGUAGUUCCCACUCUCUGGGCUUUCAGAAUGUCUGCUAACUCAUCAUGUGACUCAUUAGAAUGAUUCUCAUUUUAAACUAAGAUCCCUUUAUGCUGGUCUGGCAGAGUAAACUGGCCCUAAAGUGGAAGUAAGUUGUAUUUACAUUCCUUUAAAGGCUCUUUUACAGCACCAGAGUAGCUCUGAUGGUCUCAGAUUUUGUUUUCCUCCCUAAUUACAUCUGCUUUCCUGAUCAUGAUGCAUGACCAAAUGUCUUUUUAAGGA